GCCCUAGCUACUCGCCUCCACAUGUCCCAGUAAACUCCAAGGUUAACUCUGUUCAAGUAAUUGGGAAGCCGGCCGGGGAAGCUGCCUCUUGUGUUCACAUUUUCAAGGUGGCCACCACCAACUGAAGACCAGAAUCGCCUCUCUUUGAGCAAAGGUGCGCUCCGAGGAUUACCACAAGCUCCCGCUGGGGUUUAUUUGAAGCAUGCAAGAGAACAGCGUGGACCAGCCUACAUCAUUAUCUCAGCUCUUGAGAGAGAACUACUUGGCCGAAGCACGAGCACACCAGAGACACAGCGAGAUGAGUCGUUCCGACUCCUCCUCACGGCGCCUGGUCUACGGGCCCCUCAAAGGCAAGAUGGCUGACUCUGUGGGGCUGGACGAGCCGCAACACCAGCUCCCAGACCUCUCAGCCUUCCUGAGUCAGGAAGAACUGGAUAAGAGUGUUAACCUGGCCUGUCAGGCUAUUGGACCCGAGGCCCGCGAAGAGAGGUCAGAUGUCAAGGCCUCCCCCUCUGCCACCUCCGACACUCCCGACACCCAGCCUGAUCCGGAAUUAAAAGAACCCCUACCAACACACCCGACAUUCUUGCCAGAGAGACGGCCAUACCCACCUCUGUCCCUCCAGGACAAUGUUAUAAGGACAGACGGACAGAUAUAUCAGCCGUCCCAACCGUCCAUCCAGGACAACUCGAUGAGGACAGACAUACAGUCGUUCCCACCGUCCAUCAUCCAAGAUAUUGCAGUGAAGGACAACCGGGAGGACAUUAAGAGACCAGGGGCUGGGGGGAGGAACACCCCGGCGUUCGGCCUGGAGAACCAGUCCAAGAAGGAGUUCCUCAACAAGGCAGCGGACUUCAUCGAGGAGCUCUCCUCUCUGUUCAAGGCAAACAGCUCCAAAAGGAUACGGCCCCGAUCGUGCAAAGCUCAUAGGAGCAGAGCCAACAAGGUCCAAGCCGAUGGGAGCAUUUACUCCCUGAAUGCAGACGACAGGGAACGGCCCAUUCUUCUCCAAGACUUCGAAAUGGAGAUGGAGAGGCCUGCUAAUCCCUUCUGCAUUCAGCCGCCAGAGGUCCCAGGUUUGGACAUGGACCCGGGUUAUGGGCACGCUGACUUCCCCAUGCAGGACUGCAGGACUACUGAGGAGCAGUAUGAUGACACUGAGGUGCUGGAGGAGGAUGAAGUGGAUGAGGCUGAGAGCCCUGCCCUGGUGGAGAUCACCCCUGGAGUGUACACAGCCGACCCCAUCUGUGAGCCCCCUCACUUCAUCCAGAAACUGAAAAGCAGGGAGGUGUCGGAGGGCAGCAAGGUCCAGCUGGACUGCAUUGUUCAAGGACUCCCCAUGCCCGAAGUCCGGUGGUUUUGUGAGGGGAAGGAGCUGGAGAACUGUCCUGACAUUCAGAUCAUCAACAACAGCGAGUUGCACUCUCUGAUCAUUGCCGAGGCAUUCGAGGAAGACACAGGGCGGUACUCUUGCUUUGCUUCCAACUUCUAUGGCACAGACUCGACAUCUGCAGAAAUCUACAUCGAAGGUGCCUCCUCUACAGAUUCGGAGGGGGAACAACAUUUUGAGCAUGUAGCACAGCUGCAGAGGACCCCAGCUCAACCGACUGCUCCAUCUUUACAUUCAGUGGUCUGUGCUGUGUCUGUUUGUGAGGAAGACACACCCAUCUGUACUAAAGAACAUCCACAGGAGGCCACCUCACUGACGUCUUGCCAGGAGACGUCAGCACCGUUACCUGUCCAGUUAGUCUGUACUCUAGAUCUACCACCUGUGGACAUAGUGUCAGUACUGGCGCAGGAGGUGUCAACGCCAUCCCUGUCAACACCGUCACCUGUCCCAUUGACGUCCACAACAUCACAGACAAAGACAGUCACUACCACGGCACUACCGCUGACCCAGGUGGCUCCCAUACAGACGACUCUAUCUGAGAACCUAAACGGUGACAGCUAUAACCUAGGUCUAGACGUCUAUCCUCAAGGUCUAGACGGGAGGCCGAUCAUCGCAGCCCCUGUUUUCACAAAGAGUCUGCAGGACCUUUUGGCGUCGGAGAGCCAGCUGGUGGUGCUAGAGUGUCGUGUUAAAGGGGUGCCCUCCCCCAAGGUGGACUGGUACAGAGAAGGAACCAUCAUAGAGGAUUCCCCUGACUUCAGGAUCCUGCAGAAGAAGCCUCGAUCCAUGGCUGAAUCAGAGGAAAUAUGCACUUUGGUUAUUGCUGAGGUCUUCCCUGAAGAUUCUGGAACAUUCACUUGCACUGCAAGCAACAAAUAUGGAACUGUAUCCAGUAUUGCUGCACUAAGGGUGAAAGGCAAUGAUAACACCAACAACAACCACGUGAAAACUCCACACAAGUCCACACAAGUCCCAGAGCCCUCUUCAUUAGAUCUCACUCCUCCCAGUCUAAAGCCUCAAGCUGAGGUUCCUGUGACCAACAGCAUCAAGCCUCACUCCAACACCAUCCGCCUGGAUCCGCUCAGUUCCAGCACGUUACGACUGGACCCUCUGAGCACCAGUACCCUCCGUCUAGAUCCUCUGAGCUCCAGCAUGCUGCGCCAGGACCCUGUCAGCAUCAGCAUGCCCAGUCUGGACCCACUAAUCCUGGGCAGCAGCCCCAGGAUAGGCACCCGUAGCUCCAGCACAUCAUGUCUGGAUCCACUCUACCUGAGCACCCCUCACUCAGAUCUGUCUACUAGCUCCAGCAGGGAACUUCCUGAGCCCAAGACUGACCAUGAAGACUCCAGAGCCUUCUCAGUGUUAUCAGACCCUGCCGUUGGUCUGAGUCCUAAGGUGGAAGGGACUCCUUUCCAUAAACCUGAGCCCCCUCCCCCUGUAAACCUCCCUGAUCCCCCCACCUCCUCUUGCCUCAAGCCUGGGGUUCUGGUGAGCCACAACGGGCCCAGGUCCAGCUCCAGGGUAGGCCUCCGUGUGCACUUUAAACUGCCUGAGAAUGAGACAGACAACGAGAGUGAAACAUCUGAUAGCCAUUCAUAUGAAGAUAUGUCACAGUUGGCCAAUAAGGAACCACCUCCAGUCCUGGCCAAGCCCAAACUAGACCCUGUCCAGCUGCAGCUUCUACACAACCAGGUGCUUAUGGAGCAGCAGCAGACGGACACUGAGCCAACCGGAGCCACCCAGAGUCAACCGGAGGCAUCUGCCUGGCCAGCCCGGAAGCAACCCGAGCCCCAGCUCCAGCACCAGCAAAGCCUACCCCGUUCAUCUACCCCCAUGCCCCUGCAUUCCACCCACCCCGCACCCAUACUGACCAUAGCCCCAACACCCUUACUCAACUUCACCCCUGUGACAACACUGAACACUACCCCUGCAACCCAGCUAAACACUAGUGCCCCUGCACCCCUGCUUAACAUUGCCUCUGCACCACUACUGAACCCAUACGCAACCCAAUCUUAUUUUCUUUCUUCUUCUUCACCCCUGCUAAACACAAGCCCUGUACCAGCAAUAAACACUACCUCUGCACUACUACUGAACACAGCCCCUCCUGCACCCAUUAUGGGUACCCUGCCAUCCCCUCCUCAACUGCAGACAGCUUCAUCUUGUAUGAGCUCCCCUCCAUCUGCCCCUCUGCUGAGUACUGUUCCUGCACCCCACCUGCAUACCAGCCCUGCAUCCCCACCCUAUAUGACCCUGCAAAACACCACCCAUUCUUCCCAGCUGAACUUAGCCCCCUUAUCCCUGCCUAAAUCUAUUCACGUACCCCAGUUUAACACACCUCUCAUACCUCAUCUGAAUACAGCCCCCACAGCAUCUCUCAGCUCCAUCCCUGCAGCUUUCAACAGGGCCCCUACAACCAUGCAGAACACCUCCCCCUCCCCCCUUCUCAGAACAACUCAUGCCUCCCUCCUCAACCUGGCUCCCAUUUCGCAGAGCUUCAACUAUGCUAGGCCAAAAGAGUUUAUCACUGCCCAGACUCCCCUCUCUCCAGUCAGGAGUCCCUCCCCUACAGAGUCCCCAGUUCCGUUGCUCCACGAGCUGGCUGCCGAGCUCAACUCCUCCAACCCCAACCUGUUCUCUCCACAACCCAGAGUCUUCCCCACCAGAGUCCUCAAGUCACCCACUAGCCCCCCUUCCUUCAUGUCCUCCCCCACCUCCCCCACCCUUUUGCCUGCUGCCUACCUCAACUCUGUGUUCACCCUGCCACAGCAGUCACCCCCACAGGCAGCGUCCCCGACCUCCAGCACCUCCACCCCCAGCCCCAUCCAGAACCAUGUGGCCUUCCUCAGCUCUGUCCUGCCCUCUCUACACACCACACAAGCCACCAACUCGAUGGGCCUGCCCAGGAGUGCCCAUGGGCCACCUCAAGGCAUGCAGAAGAAGUUGCCUACAAGCACUCGUCCCAUGUCAGAUGUUGACAUUCGUAGCAGCCAACAAACCCUCCUCCAGGAUAUGGAGAAAAAGCUUAGGUUCAAUGAAGAUUUUAUGCGUGGUCACGUACAACAGAAGCAGACUACUUUUGAGGGGAAAACAGCGAGCAGACCCCUCGGACCAAACAUUCCUGCCACUGUCUUUAACUAUGACGAGGAGUACAAAGUGUCCAACUUUGAGCAGAGGCUGUUGAGUGAGAUAGAGUUCCGUCUGGAGCGCACGCCAGUCGAGGAGUCGGAUGACGAGGUACAACACGAUGAGAGCCCGACAGGGAAGUGCGUCGCGCCCAUAUUCGACAGGAAGCUGAGGAACUUCAGGGCCAUGGAGGGUGUCCCUAUGACGUUCUCCUGUAAAGUGGUGGGGAUCCCCGUACCGAAGGUUUACUGGUUCAAGGAUGGCAAGCAGAUCUUGAGGAAAAAUGAUCAUUAUAAGAAGAUACGAGAGGGGGACGGAACCUGUGUCCUACACAUAGAGGUCACCAAUAACGACGAUGAUGGCAACUACACUGUCAUGGCAGCUAACCCCCAGGGACGAAUCAGCUGCUCUGGUCAUUUGAUCAUCCAAACGGGUCCUCUCCGAAACCGAAUGACACCUAUGAUUCACUCUCAGAGGGUGCGGGCCCGCAUACAGGAAGUGGAAGAGGGUGAACCAACCCAGGAGCGCUUCUUCCGACCUCACUUCCUCCAGGCUCCAGGGGACAUGGUGGCUCACGAGGGCAGAGUCUGUAGAUUAGACUGCAAGGUGAGUGGCCUACCAAACCCAGAGCUGAUGUGGCUGAUCAACGGGAGGCCCAUCUACCCAGACGUCUACCACCGGAUGCUGGUGAGGGAGAACGGCGUCCAUUCCCUUGUCAUAGACCCUCUAAAACAGGACGACGCUGGGACAUACACCUGCAUCGCCAGCAACAAAGCAGGACAGAGCUCCUUCGGUCUGGAGUUAAGAGUUGUGGAAAAAGAGAUGAAGCAGGCCCCCCAGUUUGUGGAGAAGCUCCAGAACACAGGCAUCGCAGAGGGCACCCCCGUCCGACUGGAGUGCAGGGUUCUGGGCAUGCCUCCACCUGUUAUCUAUUGGAAGAAAGACAACGACACCAUUCCUCACACCAAGGCCAGAGUCAGCAUACACCAGGAUGCCACUGGAUAUGUUUGCCUCCUGAUUCAGCCUACCAGGAAAGAGGAUGCUGGCUGGUACACCGUAUCAGCAAAGAAUGAGGCUGGAAUUGUUUCAUGCACAGCCAGGCUAGAUAUCUAUGCCCAGUGGCAUAAGCAGGUCCCUUUGCCUAUGAAAAAAGCUCCGCGGCAGGGCAGUCGCUAUGCAGUGCUGACCGGCCAAGGCCUGGACAUCAAAUCUGCCUUCCCCACAACGGACAAUAGCCCCAUCCUGUUCUCCAGCUCCCCUGUGGAGGCACAGCUGGAGAGUGAGGAGCUGUGAGGAGCAGACACACUUCACCAGAGGGUUGUAAAAGUCUGUAAACCUUCCCAUAAUGCACAGGUUUUUCCGAAAUUCCAAAAGUUGAGGAAAGUUUGAGAAUUUUGUCACCACCACCACUUUAAUCACUACUGGCCCUUUGAGUCUACAAACUUCUCUUCUCUGGAGUCUCGUAGGGCUGGUUUCCCAGACACAGAUUCAGCCAAAUCCUGGACUAAAAAGCAUGCCCAAUAGAGAAUCUCCAUUGAAAGUGCUUUUAGUUCAAGACUAGGCAUAAUCUGUGUCUGGGAAACUGGGUCCCAGAGUUGAGUCUGCUCUAACACCUCCUAAUGACUAAUCUACUAGUUCAUCUAAUCUGUGGUGGCCAGUGGGAUGGAAGAGCAGGACUAUAAUCUUAGCAGUUUGUGUCAUCUGGUUUGUGUGAUACAUUUGAUGUGAUACAUUGAAAUUACAAUGACAAAAACGGUUAGAUUUACAACUGGCAACCUAAUGCUCUGUUUGUUUUUCUGCCAUUCCUAUUGAAUUGUAUCAUUUGAAGCGUCUUAUUCACACAAAACAGACAAACUUGCCAAAUUUUAGUUCACUAUCAUCUUUUGAUAGGUCUGAUUUGUUUAUGGUUCAUUUUGUUCUACUUUUGAUUAGUUAGUUUGAUAUUGAGAAGGUUGUUGAAUGUAGAUGAUCAUGACAUACUUUCAUCAUCAUACACUUCAACCUGUUCUUUAUCUUUAGCAAAUUGACUAUUUCGUUUGGACGUGGUUGUUGUAUGGUUUGUUUUUAUUUCCAACGUAUAUAUUUGUGUCAAAUAAAGAUAGUUUAUUUUAAUGUUUAUAUAAAAUAUAUGUGCAUUACAUGUAAAUCAAAGAAAUACACUAAAGGAAAGCCAAACUGACAAAUUUAAUUGUACACAUGCAUACAUUGAGUGGGGGAGGUUCUACUCAAUAUUAGGAAUGUGUUCUUAAUGUGUUGUACACUCAGUGUAUAUACAGUGGGGAGAAUAAGUAUUUGAUACACUGUCGAUUUUGCAGGUUUUC